CAGCAGGCCAGGCGGGAAGGAGGAGGAGGAGGAGGAGGAAGAGGAGGAAGAAGAAUUAGUCAGUGUUCGAGGGGAGGAGAGGCCGAGGUGGACGUGGCGGGUCCGCCGGAGUUGGCCACAAGUCGCGGGCAGCGGAGGCGAAGCAGCCAUGACGCGCAGCGGCCGCAGGUUGGUACCUGUCCAGACUGGGUGGUGACGUCCCGUUUCUGGAGGAAGACUGUCCGCCUUGGCUCCUCCCUUCUGAGUAAGCUGGUAUCUGGAGCGGAGGUAGGGGGGCGUAACCGCCACCGGAAAGCGAGGAGACGGAGCUCCACGCCUCACCAUGACAGACUUGGAGGCGGAGUGUUUGAGCCUCAGUCUGCCCUCUGAGGGCGACUCCCCUCCACCGCUCCUGGAUCCGGGCCUGCAGGUGGACUGUGGCCCCAUCUCUGUGGUUCCCACUCUGGCGCUCCUCUCCUCCGACUGCCCCACUCCCACGCUCAGCUCACUGGCGGCAGAGAUCGCAGAGCCGCUGGUCAUGCUGCCCUGCGUUAAGAGUGAGCCCGAGGAUGGCGAUUUGGACCCCAUACGCACGGUGGACCUGUCUGAGAUCCAGCCGCUAUCCACAGCCGAGCUGGGCCAGGAGCAGAUCAAGAUGGAGAUCAGCGGGCUGGACUACAUCAAGUCGGAGCAUCACAGCCACCGUGACGACCACUACCUGGGCCCCUUCAACCACUCCGACGUGACGGAGCUGGACUACAAGUCGCACUAUGAGCCCAGCUCAGUGUUUGACUACAUCUCCCAGGUGAGCGACACCCUGGACUACAUCAAGUCUGACCACCACGUGGACCUGCAGUGUUACUACGCCGCAGAACUGGGCUCUCUCCGGUCCGAAUAUCCCGAGUCCAACGCGGCGUCGGUCCAGUUGCAGCACAACGGUCUCGAGUCCAUCCACAUGGCAGAACUCCGCAGUGAGCUUAACAAGCUACGACCUGACUCCCUGCUACUGGACGGGAUGGCCAAACUGGAGCCCGGGUUUGGGGGCGCUCCUUUGUACGAGAUGACGCUGGCCGAGGAGGGCAAGACUGCAGCGCACACGGGAGGCCAAGAGAGCGACGGCGUGCCCGUUUCGACGAAAAGCCCGACACAGACAGUGAGGAAGCCUCGCAACAUGCAGGGGGAGAAGCCGUUCUCAUGCACGCAGUGCGGCAAGAACUUUAGCACGCUGGGCAACCUGAAGACCCACCAGCGCAUUCACACAGGUGAGCGGCCGUACACGUGCGCCCAGUGCGGAAAGAGUUUUGGCCAGGCUGGCAACCUCAAGCGGCACCAACUCAUCCACACGGGCCAGAAGCCUUACGUGUGCGCCCACUGCCCCAAAGGCUUCACCAAGGCCGAUGACCUGCGUGCCCACCAGCGCCUGCACACCGGUGAACGGCCCUUUGCUUGCGCUGCCUGCGGAAAGACCUUCGGCCAGGCCAAGGAGCUCAAAGCGCACCAGCUGAGCCACACGGGUGAGCGGCCAUAUUGCUGCCAGCACUGCGGCAAGAGCUUUGGCAAGGAGACGGCAUACCGCAACCACCUGCACGUCCACACGGGCGGGAAGCCCUUUACCUGCUCGCAGUGCGGAAAGACUUUCAGCAACUCGGGCGUGCUCAAGACCCACGAGAAGAUCCACUCGGGGGAGCGGCCCUUUGGCUGCGUGCAGUGCGGCAAGAGCUUUGGACGCCUCGGACACCUCAAGGCGCACCAGCACGUACACACGGGCGAGCGACCGCAUGCCUGCACGCGUUGCGGCAAGACUUUCAGCCAGUCAGGUCACCUGAAGGCUCACGAGCAGAUCCACAAGCGUGAGCGAGCAGAUGGGGGUGUCAACACUUUUCUUACAGUCGGUCAAGGCCGCAGUUCACCAACCAACCCAGCAUUAACUCGAAGACGUCAGCUGGCAAGGAAGCAAAAAUAUGGACUUCAGCUGUCAACACUACUGUGUGUUUUAUGUACGCACCUGACCUCGGAUCGUACGUACGCACCUGACCUCGGAUCGUACGUACGCACCUGACCUCGGAUCGUACGUACGCACCUGACCUCGGAUCGUACGUACGCACCUGACCUAGGAUCGUACGCACGCACCUGACCUAGGAUCGUACGCACGCACCUGACCUAGGAUCGUACGUACGCACCUGACCUCGGAUCGUACGUACGCACCUGACCUCGGAUCGUACGUACGCACCUGACCUCGGAUCGUACGUACGCACCUGACCUAGGAUCGUACGUACGCACCUGACCUAGGAUCGUACGUACGCACCUGACCUCGGAUCGUACGUACGCACCUGACCUCGGAUCGUACGUACGCACCUGACCUAGGAUCGUACGUACGCACCUGACCUAGGAUCGUACGUACGCACCUGACCUAGGAUCGUACGUACGCACCUGACCUAGGAUCGUACGUACGCACCUGACCUAGGAUCGUACGUACGCACCUGACCUAGGAACGUACGCACGCACCUGACCUAGGAUCGUACGUACGCACCUGACCUAGGAUCGUACGCACGCAGCCGACCUAGGAACGUACGUACGCACGCAGCCGACCUCCAAAAGUCAGCAUUCUGCAGGUUUUUAUGCAGUUCGAAAUGAUUCCCAAUGGGCAGAGGCAAUUUGUAAGUGCAAAAAGAGACGCAAGUAACUCGUACAACGCCUUUUCACUUCCUGUUCCGGGUGUUCUUUGCCAACUGGUAACUUGCCUUGGCAGCUGGGCUGUAUGUGAUGUAAAAGUGAGAGACGGCGCCCCCUCCUGUCCGCGCAGUCCCAUGGUUGGUGAGCGAUGUCAGUGCUUGGGGGCCCCCUUGUGGCGGUUUUAAGAAACUCCUCUGGUCAUGAAUGACUUUUAUCACUUUGAGCCACAUGGGUUUUUAUGCUAAUUACCCCCCCCCCCACACACACAGACGAACACACUUUUUGUAUGAGCCUUUUCAGAAUCUUAAUCCAAAUGAAACCAGUUCUUGUACUGCCAACUGAAAUAUAAAAAGUCCUUGACA